CUACAAAACUCCCUCUCCCUCUCUCUCCUCCCAUCAAUUUCUUCAUGACAUUUCUUCUGUAGAAGAGAAGAGUUUUCGUUAGUCAUCGCAAAAACCCUAAACCUAGAAUCCAGUUACUUGCUAAAUGAGUCAUCAUAGGCUCUCGAGUCUACUCGUAAAGCUACACAAAGCUCCAACGGCUUGGCUCUGCCUCCAUCCCCGACCAGACCAAUCCAGCAGCGGCGGCCAGGGAGGGAGCCAAAGACGGAUCAAGCUCGUAAGAUCCGACGGUUCCUCCGAGCUCUACGACCGUCCCGUAGUGGUCUCAGAGCUCACAAGAGACUUCCCUAAACACCAAAUCUGCAGAUCAGACUCGCUCUACAUCGGACAGAAAACACCAGUUCUGUCGGAAACAGACACGCUUAAGCUCGGACUCAACUACUUUCUCCUUCCGUCUGAUUUCUUCACCAACGAUCUCUCUUUCCUCGCCAUCGCCGCCUUGAAACCUCCUCAAAACGGUGGCGUUUUGAUCAGAUCAAAAUCCGCCGGGAGUCAACAGCAGCCUUUUCUUAUACAGAAGGGAGGAACAGGAGAGAAGCCAAAGAUUCGCGUGUCUGAAGAGUUCAUGUCGGAGUUGAUGAUGGACGGAAGAAAAAACAAAGAAGAGGAAGAAGAAAGAGAGAACGAAGAGAGAGUUUGCACGACGGUGAAGUUGAAGAAGGACUAUGUUCAGCUAGUUGGUCUACGAAAAUGGAAGCCGAAGCUAGAGACGAUAAGAGAGACGAAGGCGACCGUGGAGAAGAAGAAGAAGAAGAAGAGAAGGAAGUUUCUUAUGAUGAAGAAGAGAUCAUCAUCGUGCAAGGAUUCUUCUCAGACUGAUUCAUGUGGUAAGCGUAAGCUUUAAUAGAUACCUUUUUUGAUCGGAAAAAUUUCAGUCCAAGCUCAUGUCCAAAACUAAGAAAGCUAGUCUGGGGAAAUCAGCUUAAUUUUUUGUUACAAGAAAUUAGCAGAUUGUGUGUUGAUAAUACGUAGAAGAAAUUGUUUGAAAUCAUGUAAAGAAUAUGAAAAAAAAUUAACCAAAGGAUACAAAUUGUUUCCAAAACUUUUGGAUUCUACUGAUUUUGUGAUAAUUGAAUCAAGG